ACUACUGUCCACCUCGUGAUUACUUCCAGUUCUAGGCUUCUAGCUACUUCCAGACAUCUCUGGCCAUCACAGGAGCCCUCUUCAGGAGUCCUAGUUAAGCUUAGCCAUGUCUAGGGUGCUGGAGCCUCUCGUCAUGGGCAAGGUGAUCGGGGAGGUCAUCGACAACUUCAACCCCACGGUGAAGAUGACGGUGACGUACAGCUCCAACAAGCAGGUGUUCAACGGGCAUGAGUUCUUCCCCUCGGCGGUCGUGUCCAAGCCUCGUGUCGAGGUCGGCGACGACAUGAGGUCCUUCUUCACACUGGUCAUGACUGACCCGGAUGUGCCAGGGCCUAGUGAUCCAUACCUGAGAGAGCAUCUCCACUGGAUCGUCACUGAUAUUCCUGGAACAACUGAUGCUUCUUUCGGAAGGGAGUUGGUGACGUACGAGAGCCCCAAGCCCUACAUCGGCAUCCACAGGUUUGCCUUCGUGCUGUUCAAGCAGAAGAGCCGCCAGCAGGGGGUGCGCGCGCCCUCCUCCAGGGACUACUUCAGCACCCGCCGCUUCGCCGCCGACAACGACCUCGGCCUCCCCGUCGCCGCCGUCUACUUCAACGCGCAGCGGGAGACCGCCGCGCGCCGCCGCUGAUUGAUCGGCCCCGCGCACCACCGUACCACGCAAUGCUACGUACUGAGAUACCAUCCUCUUGCAUGCCUGGUGGCGUAUGCAAGGCUUAUCGAUCAACUCUAUCGUCAAACUAGCUGCUACUACUACUACUAAUUAUUAUUAGCCUAUCUCUGGCCAUCAAAUAACAUAGCUCGCCUCGCACUGGAGUCUAUGAGCUCGCUCCUUGUAGAGACUGCUCGGCUCUUCAGUUAAGUUCAGUAGCGCGGAUCGAUCUGAUCUGUGUGCGUCGUGUGAUGUGUAUGUACGUACUUGUGGCACUGGUGUGAUCAGUUCAGCUCAGCUCCUACAGGAGAGGUCAAGGGAUCAGCCAUCCGAUCGAGCUGUUUGAGAGCUGAAGGCUGCCGAAGACGUGUCGAGUGUUGACUGUUGAGCGAGGAAAAAGGGGCCGUGGCCAUGGCUCUAGUAGCUAGCCUCUGCUCUGAUGCUCUCCACCGGUUACGCGUGUGUGUGGGAUGCUAGCUAGCUAUAGCUGCAGCUCAACUUGCAGCAGCCAGUGUACUUGCUCCUGAUCCUUAGUUCUCUUGCUUGCUUUAA